UCCCACGAUAGUGCCGAUCUGGCGUGUGUCGCUCCGACAAUUCUGGAGUCGCCUCGCUCUUCCUCUGUACACCCCUAUUAAAAUACCUACCUACGGAAUUUGCUUCCUCGACGCGCCCGACCGGCUCUCUCGCUUCUCUAGGCGGACCGCCUCGAUCAAGCAGAGAUAGUUGAGGUUGCAACGCCUCGCCCUCGGCUCGGCAGUUGCGUAUUGUCGCCGUAGAGUGACCAAGUCUCUCGCGCCGCCGUUAAGGCUGCUACGUCCCCGAUAACCCUUGAUCAAUGUCUGGCAGGAGACUGAUGUCGCUCGAGGCGGCGCUCGAGGAGGAGCGGAGGGAGAUCGAGCAGCUGAUGGCGAUGCAGCCCAGAAGGCCGGCCUCCGUCGGCCACCGAUCCCCCUCCCCCUAUACGACCCCUCGGUCCCCCGUUCGGAGUAUGCUGGAUAUUGCCGAGGCACCUGCCAAUCCCGCUCGGGGCUCCCAACCACAACCCCCGGUCCGCAGCAUGCUGGAUAUCAGUACUCCGGUCCAGCCCAGGAGCAUGUUGGAUAUCGGUGGUCCUCCGGCUACGACGGGUCCGACAAGUACGCACACCUCUCCGACGCCAUCCUUCAAGACGCCGGCCGCAGACAAUUUGGCCCGUAUUAGAAGCAUGUCCGAUGGUACCUCCAACUCCGCCACAGACAUAGGGCACCGGUCUCCGCCGCCUAUGAGCAUGUCGAAUACAAGAAAUAACGACCCGACGUCUGCUUACAAGUUCCAUGACAUCCUGCCGACCAAUGUCGGGCAGGCACUGCCAAACAAACGCGGCCCGACGGCAGCUAGUCGGUCGAGUUCCAUAGGCGAGGCGCUGCGCGGGCCCGACCUAUCCAAUCUCGUUCUGCCGGGCGAGCACGGCCGUUUCUCUAAAAAGAAUGCCAAGUCCAAGUCUCCCAACAAUCGGUUUUCUCUGCGGUCAAACUCGCCGUUUGGAAACUCGGCUGGGCGCAGCCAGCCGCAAGGAACCAUCAUGUUAGACAACGGUCUGGUCAUAGACAUGAACAGCGCCUACAGGAGACUGUCGGACGCCAACCUAAUCUACGGUGGGUCGAGUCUGGCUUCGCUGGCUCGCAAGAAGCAAGACAACGACGGGCAUGGCAGGAUUGAAAAGGACAAUCUGAGUCCGUACGGGGAACUGCUGCCGGAUGAAAGUGAUGAUGACGUCGCGAACUCGUCUGACGAGGAGCUGCAUAGGGGCAGAAAACUCACCACGCGGGCAGAGUCGGAAGGCCAAGCGUCCACCGGGGAGGGGACCAAGGAGGCCAAAAGUUUACUAGCUGCGGUCGAGGACGAGCGAAAACUUGUCUACGCGACACAACCCCAGUAUAGGUCACUUUUUGACGAACCUGAAAUCACGGUCACGAGUCCGUCGGGGGAUAAAACAAGGCAGAAGUCUAGCAGACCUGUCGUUCAGCCGUCGACCAGUUUUGACCAAGAGCCGCUGUCCGGGACGCAGACACCCCUCGACCCAGAGCUAAAUGCGGACGUCGACGCCAUCAAGGCUGCGCAAAGCUUACAGCUGUCCACCACCCCAAUCCUCUGCACGCCUGAUGUCCAUCGAUCCAUCCGAAUCCUCUACCGCGGCGAGUUCAGCAGAAUACAGAAAGAAGCGGAAGAGGAACACAGACGUCUCCGAAAGUAUUUAGUAGCAACCGACCUGAGCGACGAGUCAACGCACGCCCUCGAGUGGGCGGUCGGGACGGUGCUCCGCGACGGAGAUACGCUGGUCGCCAUGUAUUGUAUGGACGAAGAGGCGAGCGGCCCAGUCGACGCCAGCGGUAUGGUACCGGACGAACCCAAAGCCAUGAAGGAACAAGCGGUAGCCAUCAGCGCAAUUUCCAAGGGAGCCGCGGGAAAACCCGGGUAUCGCACCGGCAGUCCCGGCCCGCUUAGGAUACAAGGGUCCUCGAUGUCGCCGCACGUUCGGAUCCUCGACAGGAACAGCAGCAACAAUCCGUCGCCGGCGCCGAGCUAUCGCGAGAAGACCCGACUGCAGGAGGAAAGAGAUCGAGCGGUGCAGGAUAUUACCGAGAGAGUCUCGAAGCUCCUUCGCAAGACGCAGCUGCAGGUUCGAGUGAUCGUGGAAGUGAUCCACUGCAAGAACCCGAAGCAUCUCAUAACGGAGGUGAUCGAUAUCCUAAACCCGACGUUGGUCAUUCUGGGAAGCCGCGGUAGAAGCGCGCUGAAAGGCACGCUGCUCGGGUCAUUUUCGAAUUAUCUGGUGACGAAGAGCUCGGUCCCGGUAAUGGUCGCGCGCAAACGACUCCGCAAGAAGAGCAAAUACCAGCCGCCGCCACUGAAGCAGGUUAAUAAUUUAGCCAACCCGUCGGCGCGGAGUCUCGAGACCGCUCGAGUGGACUAGGGCGGACGCGCGCGCGCGCGCGACGGCGAAUGGAAGAGGACGUCGGCGAAGGACGGCAGCUCGCUGCUCUCGGCGGAUCCACGCACCGGCACCUGUAGGUUUCUAGUGACAUUCCCCUGCUUGGCGGAGCCUACCGGACAGAUGUGCGUGACGGCCAGGCAUAUCUCCCUCUCUAUCAGCCGUGAGUGGGUAGGCCCGUCGGCGGGCGUCUAUCCUA